AUGGCGACUGCCACACCCACAAUGGAAAUCGACAAGCUCACAGCGGGCAUCAAGAUCCUCAUGACCGGAAACGAGAUACUGAUAUUCCUCAGCACCGGCGACCUCAUGGCAAGCCCAAUAAUCCCAACACCAGGAACCCCCCACGUCUCAAUGCGACUCAAUGAACUCCCAGACUACCUCUCCACCCGAACCUUCGUCUUCGAAGACCCAAAGGCUCUCGAAGAAUACCUCAAUUCCAAAUCCACCCAUCCAACAGCAACUCAUCUCCGCCUCGUCCCCAUGCAUCGAUUCAUAAAUGCUCCAUUUCCGAAAGUGAGCAGCGGAGUAUCGAACUCAGGACGGACACGUCAGUCACUGAAUCAGCCCGAGGUACGCGAAUUCUAUGAAGCCAUGCCGUUCCCGUACCCAAGUCUUGAAUUCGUUUCCAUCGAUCAGAUCACAUACCCCGAGGGACAGGAGUUCAUUACGCUUAUUGCGGAUUGGAGGGCUGCUUGUCGGGCUGUUCCGAGGGGACACAAGGUUCAGGAGAUCACUUUUGAUUUGAAUGGGUCGGAGAAGCUUAAUUCCAGCUAUGUCUCUCGGGUGGUGCAGCUGAUAAGCACUGUUUUUGCUGUCAAGGCCGGUGGGCCAUUUUACAGUCGACUUUGUGAUGAUGAGGCAUAUCUAUUCAAGGAUCGUGUGGUGAAGGCUUUGGCACGCAGUGGGUCUGGGCAGAAGAGUGAGGGUUAUCGACGAUUUGAUAUCUCGUAUUGUGUUUUAGGGUUUGGGAAUGGUGAUAGGCUUGGUUGCGAAGGUUGA